AGAUGAUGUCCGCGUCACGAAGGAUAAUGUGUCUUGUGCCCAUCUUUAUACUAGAGACGCAUAACCAGAUGAAAUACAAAUGUUUGCCUAAGUUCAUUCAGACGGAUAAUGGGUCCUCUAAUAUAAAAAUGGCCAUUGAGUCCUUACCAGCUGGGGAAGCUUGAAUUUUGAAGCAUCAACAUCAUUAGAGAUCGUGGUCUGGUCUUAUCUGCAAGAAGUCAAGCGAUUAUUUUUCCAGCCAAAAGCAGCCCUUUGGCCUUUCGACCUCUUUACAGCCCGUGUAUUUGUCUUGUCUUAUCACACUAUAACGCCAUAACAUCAAACCUAAUUUGGUUAACAUGAACUGGAAUUUCUGAGGGGGAGAAGGAGGUGAGGGUUGGACUUUUUCCAAAAAAAAAAAAAGCAAUCCUGCACAGCAACAACUGAUGAAAACAAAAUCAUGCAGGGGGAGCCAUGGGAAAAGAAUCAAGCAAUUGCUUUCAACUAUCACUGUUUUGAUUUUUAUAUGAUUAAAAAUUCUUGCCCAAGCUACUGCUUGCACAAUGAAAGUGCCCAGAAAAUUGCCCUUUCCCCCCCCUCCCUCCGCCCCACUCAAAAAAUUUUGUCACACCCGUCACACAACGAGUUCUAACGCUGUAAAACGUCGAGUUCGAAGAGGGUCUUACAUCGAUCUGAUGGAACUAAAACCUCAGAAUGACAGGUAAUUUUUAAUUUUGAAAUAUGACUACGUCACAUGAAACCGGCAACACUGCAGGGGAAGGCGGCGUGGGCGGGGGAGGGGUGGUGGGGGACUGCGCACUAUGUGCGUACUAGAAGAACGCAGGCUCGGAAGGAGCCAAAGCAUGGAAGACCAUUGAGAGAUCAUGGAUGGAAUCGCUCGAAUCGCUCUGGAAUCGCAGGAGACCGGUUAGUGCAAUUGCUAGGUAAAAACGUCUUCCAUAUGCACUCCGAGAACUCAAAGCAAAGCUUGGAGAUCACACCUUUACACUAAAAGUAGAGGGAACAGGAAGACAGAAAACUCACUAGAAUCACUUUGAAUCCGGCUGAUAAGCUGGCAGCCAAAAGCAAUUGAAACAAAGUAUUGAGAAUUAUGGCUUCUUGUGAGGAUGAUUACUUGUCUAUUUGUCAAGACUGUGACACUUUCAUGGCAGCAAAGCAAGAAAUGCCGGAUACCUGUACUUCUCCAAGUGAAGUUAUAACACCCAAGUCUAUUAGUUUUGACAUGUGGAAUGGCUGUACCCUUGGAAACUUCAGAACCAAGCUGGGAAGAAACAAGACAUUUAAACCUCUUUGUAUUUAUGUGCUUAAAGAAGUUACAGAGUUUCUGAGCAGAAUGAACAUUCAGUACUUUGUUUGUGGUGGCACUGCUCUGUCAGUUUACAGGGAAGGGGGAAAAAUGAUUCGUCAUGAUGGGGAUGUUGACAUUGCUAUUUUUGAGUCGGACUUUUCUAGGGUUGUACAGAAUCUUUCUUCCUUACCCGCCAUACACAAUGGAUACAUCAGCCUGUCAGACAAAUGUCCUUUGAACGGAACAAGUUGGUUUGAUGAAGAUGGAAGCGAAAUCUCCUACAGUGGAUGUGGUGGUAAACGGCUGAAAUGCUAUGCUACUAGAAAACUGUGGGAUGAAUUUGGAAUUCGACGCGAUCUGCUGUUUGAUCCAAGUCUGGCUCAUUUAGAUGUGUUUACGUUUGGACAACAUCCUGAUGAUCCUACGUGCUUUUGUUACAACUGGAAUAUUCCUGGAAAGUACGAUUUUAGAAGAAAGCGAUUUCCAAAGUCAUGUGUGUUACCACUGAAGACUUACAAAUUUGAAGGUGUUUGUGUUCAAGGGCCGAACUGUUUGGAGACUUUUCUUGAAGUAGAGUAUGGAUACCUGGGUCGUGACGCAAUGUUUGAUGCUGACUCUCAGCUUUAUGUGAAAAUUCCUGAGUCAAUUUAUCAAAAAAUGCCAAAAAAGAUUCAAAAAGUGCUGUUCAAUGACGAAGGAAUGAAUGCAGCAUGAAUCAAAUGAAAGGCUCAAUGGAAUCAAAGGCCCUUUGGGCUGCCUCGUGUCAUUGGUGCCGGUGUGUUGAAUUGAUAAAAUCGAUUAUCGAUAAAUAUCGAUUGAAAUUAAUAACUUGUAUCGGAAAUUUAUGAAGGGAUACUCUGUGAGUAUUAUUGAUUUUUAAAUUAUUCUUAUCGAUUUUAUCGAAGUUAUCAACUUAAUCGGUGCAAAAUGUAUCCAGUUAUUGUAGGGAAUAGAUUAGAAUAGAAUUGUGUUCAAAUGAGCGAACACACAUUACUCUUUGUAAGAGCUUUAUAUAUCUAGAGUUGUGUAUGUUAAACCACAAAACAAAAUACAACUGGAUGGUAAGAAAAGUAAAACUUGUAUUUGAUUAUUUCUCUGAGUUUAAGGAACAGAUCGCGCGAAACUAGGGGCGAGAGUAAAAAUAAAAAAAGACGGAGUCAGAGAUCACUUUGUCGAUACUUUUUGCUCUAGACCAAUUUUCGCGUGGCCAGAAUGCCAAGUGUUUGUACAAGAACGCUUGCUUCUAAAGCUACCCAACCAUCAAGUUCCAUGUAAGAAAUGAGCGUAAGCGAACAUGACUGGAAGCUGCAUUAGUUAAUAAGUUGAACUGAUAUCGGUUCAAAAUCAGUCCAACUCCAACAUCAAAACAAAAAGUUCACAAUAAAUUUCACUAAUUUCUUACAUGGAGCGAAGCAACUUCUGUAUGGAGCGAAGUAACUCUUGUAUAAAGCAAAGUGACUUUGAUUAUGGAGCGAAGUGACUUUUGGUUGGGGUGAAGUGACUGGGGGUUAAAUGACCAUGGGGCAAAGUAACCGGAUACCCCUUGGAAUCCUUGUUUCAAGCUCUUCGCCCACGAAGAGCAACAGCACCUGUCAACAGUGCAGAGAAACAAGGCAAGGAAUACAUUUCGUUUCACUUCUUGAAUUUCAAAUGACUUAAAUCAGUAAGAAUUCAAUCAGGCAAAGGCCUUUGUAUUCAGAAGUAGGCUCGAAGAGCUCUUGGAUUCAAUCCCAGAGGUAUUUACAGUAUAUUGCCCAGGUUCUGACCUCCAGUGGAAGAAUCUGACCAAUUGUGAGAAUAAUUUUAGUUUACGCGUCGUGCUUAAAUGUGUCUGGAAAAUUUGAUAGUCCGUAAGGAAGCCGUUAUUUCAGCUUUCGCAUGAGAAAGUUUCGGCGCGUUGUUCUUGAGAAACACGUGUUCAAGGUUCCGUUCUCCUCAAGUAGUUGAAAUUUAAUUCUAUGCUACCCACAGCCGUAGCUAGGGGGUGCCCCGAGAUGCCCAUGACCCCCCUUUUCUAAGCCUUUUUUGAGCAAACAACCUACAACAGGUGGCAAAAACGACAUGACAAUCUAGUGAGUACCCUCACGUUAACACACCCCCCUUUGAAAAAUCCUGGCUAUGGCCGCUACGCCCCUGGGGCCUUGAAAUAUUUGCGCUUUUCACUGCUUUCUGAGGGUACGAGUAAAAGUGCCCGAAUUUUAACUCUGUUUGAAAAAAGUUCCAAAAUGUUCAAGUUUUUUUUUCUUAUUACUGUCUCCUGAAGCUAAAGGGAACGACCGAGUGCAUAAGGGAAGACUGGGCACUAGUACGACCCCUUUCCUCAAAAUGUCAGGAUCACUUUUAUGAAAGAGUCACGUAAAAUUAAUUAUAAAUCUACAAGAAACAGUUUGAGCUGUUCUUAACUAGUUAAAAUUUUGCAUUAUCUCAGUUUGUGAAAAGUCUUGCAAAUUUUAAUAUUUUAUAUGUUAUAUUUCUCCCCCGACCUCCGCCGACCACGAAUUCGAACGUUCGUCAGUAGAAGGCUUUAAGUUAUACCUGUUAUACAAAGCGAAAUGCAGCACCAAAAUGAUAGUAAGAGAGGAUAAUUCUGGAUAUUCGUACAUUAAAAUACAAGGAAACUGAAAACGCACCAAAUGAUUCGCUUCCC